GUAUUUUCCUGUGCCAGUUGGAAUCUUCCUUUCAAUGUGUGAGGUUGGUGAGUGUUGAGCGGGGGGAAAUGGGUAAUCAUCAUAGUCAAGAUGGAUCAAGAAGAAAUUCAUUUGGUAGAAUUCCUUCUGUAGCUGACAAUGUCGACAGAACUCCCACCCAACUCAUUCCUAUCGACAAAUUAGCAAAGAUACUUGCCCAGAAAAGUUUGGAAGAAGAUUCUGUCCAAGGAAUAACUUGUCGUGCCUUCACUAACUAUGUUUUCCCACGUUAUCCUGACCUGUCACAAAGGCUGUUUAAGUUUUUCCAUUCCUCUGCUGGCAUCACUAAACAUGAGUGGAUUAGUUCAUCAGUCUUCAAACAACAGGCAGAAAAAUUCCUAGGCAUUAUUGUUGAUAGUCAACAGACUGAACUAUAUGUCAAGAUGUAUGCAGAAGGAAGUGACAUUAGUCAAGAUAAUUUUUGUCAUCUGCUACUCCAGGCAUAUAAGUUAUCUAUGGACCACUACCCAGAAGGCUCCCAAACUUGCAAACAUCUCUCCAGCAUCCUAAAAUCUGUUAUUGAUUCUGCUUUCCACCGCAAAUCACUCGUGUCUGUCACCUUCUUGUCGCACUGGAUUGAGCAUCACACACCAAGGCUGAUUGUUGGAAUUCAUCGUUACAUUGUCCAUGUGUUGACCACGGUAUACCGAGAAGCAGGACAACCUGUCAGUGCUGGUUUGGAGCUGGACACACCAGUAUUGGAGAGAGAUAUUGUAUUCCCAGCAUCAGAAAACAAGGAGAAUGAUAUGUUGCCGGUGUCAGAAGUGUGGCUGUUAUCAUCUUCCCUUCCCUUGUUAUACACAAAACCCUCUCAACAUCACUCACCUUCAGGCUCAUCCAAUGGACUCUCAUCGCAGGCAGCCAUAGCCAAGAUGCUGGGUUCCAUCUGUCCGUCCCACUGGACCCUGCUUUAUAACAGCGACCAACAUGGUCUAGGAGCAAACAGAUUCAUGCAUCAUGUGUUUGGUUACCGUGGACCAACGCUUACCUUCCUGCGGGGUCAGGAAGGAGUGCAGUUCUGCAUCGCAGCAAGUUGUGAGUGGCAAGAAUCACACCAGUAUUGGGGAGGAGAAGAUUGUGCUUUGAUACAAAUAUUACCACUUUAUAAUAUUGUGGAGCGUGGUGCCAAGAUGAUGUACCUGAACAAUAAUAUACGUGGCUAUCCAAAAGGCCUGCGGGCAGGACUUGAUCCCCGUAAACCAAUCAUAGAGGUGGAUGAUGGGUUCACUGUAGUGACCUACCGGGCCAUUCCAUAUCCUCUGAUCAAUGUACAGGUUUGGGGCUGUGGUAGUCAACAGUCAAGAGAAGUUCAAUUGGAUGUCAAGAAGUGGGAGGUGAAACAGACGGAGAAACUACGGAAAGUUAAGUUGACAGCAGAUGAAUGGGUUGAUCAUCCUGACCGGUAUUUAUUGGAACUGGCCGGAAGGCCAACUUACUCUUCUAAUCAGCCUCAACAGUAAAGUUUAUGUUUGCCUUGCUCAGCUACCAUCAUGCAACGGCCAUAUUGAAGCACUGUUCCACUGUUGUGCCUUGCAGAGUUCAGUUGUUGGUAGUUGGGUUGGUUUAAAGUGCCAUUCUCUGUAAAGAAAUUACAGAAUUCUAAAUAAAAUUCCAGUUUCAUUCACUGCAUAAUAUUUACAUUGCAGUAAUUUCAGUAGCAUAAUUCUGACCAGAGCAGGUUAGGAAAAUCUAAAGUACACAAGUUUAAUCUCCUGUAUUACAUUAUAUGGGACAUUUAUUUCAGUUGUUUCUUUGCGGAAAAGUACUAAAUUGAGAUUGGCUUCCAGAAGCUGGUCUGAUUGAGAUUGUCGGCUUUAAUAAGCCAUAAUAUUUUGUACUUGAAAUGAUAAAUUUCUUUGUUUAUAUGUAUGUGAACUGAAAGCCAUGUGAAUUUUGUACUUAAGAAGAAAUUAUAGUCGUAUUGAAUAAUGCCGCCAUUAUUAUUAUUAUUGUUAUUCUCAGGCAGUUAAUUAUGCUGCUUGGGCUUAUAUGAGCAAAAAGCGAAUAAGCAAUGAUUGUGCUUACCGCAGUGAGUAUUUGACAUUUUAUUUACUGUAGCAGAGCUAUCUGUAAAUUGCUUAAACAGAUGGACUGCAAGGAACUUCGGAUGUCAGUAUGAAUGGUACGUUAUGGAAUAGAAAAUGCUUCCUGUUUCAGAAUAUCUUUUUUGAACUAAGUCUGUAAACCAAGGAUCCAACGCUACAGAACAAGUUUUCACCAUUCAGAAGUACAGCAUUCAGUAUUCAGGUACAUUUGGUAUUAACUGUUCUUUAUGAAAACAGUUGGUAGAAAAGUGUGUUGCAGAUCUAAAGUAUAUAAAACAAUUUAUUUUUGCCUUUAAUUAUAGCAGUAUAAUACACUUGUUGCAAAUACUUUUAUUUUAUUUAUGUUUGAUAAUACUGAAAAAUGUUUAAAAUAUCAAUAUGUUUCAGUAUAAUUGACAAUACUUUCCCGCUGAUAAUAAGCCUGAAGUUAUUACUAAUUACUUUAAUUUUUUGGAAAACCAUCUGGUCACAACAUUUUUGAGUUAUUCUCAUUUCAGCACCUCUUGUUUUGACCGGAAGUGUGGGCUGUCUCAGGCUACUUGUCAUUAUUAUUCCAAAUUCAAGAGAGAUUCUAUCUACACCUCCAGGUGUUUUCUUCACUUUAGACAACACAUAGAUCCUGUUGGCAGAAGUAAUCCUCUGGUAACCCAUAGCAACUCAAAGACAUAGGUGUGUUUAUUGAUUCUAAACUGUGAUUCAAUAAUCAUGUUGACUACAUAUUUCCUCAGUGUAUAUUUAGAUGCUGGGUUUUCUUUAAAGUCUAACAUUUUUAUUCUCUUUUCUUGACUGCCUCUAUAUGUUAUAUUUGACUUUAGAUCAAAGCUUGAGUACACCUCUGAUUGAUUGAUGGUUGAUUGAUUGAUUUAAAAAAUAUGUUGUAAAAGUUAGAACAUUUUAAAAGAAAUAAAUAGAUUCGGAAACAUAUUAAUAUAAAUAAAUCUUUGCUAAAACUGCAUGUCAUUGACUGCAUUAUUUGAUGGCAGUUUUGUAUCAUUGCGGUUUUGCUCUGCCUCGUGUGUUAACAUGAAAUAAAUUGAAUCCUCCACAAUGUAUAAUUUUCUUUACAGUGCACCAUCUUUAAGGUUACAAAUUGCUUCUUUUUUCUUCUCCUUCAGCUUUAGAAGAUGAGUACAAAGAAAAAAUAAUUAAUUUUGGUUUUAAAAAUGACAAAAUACAGUUAAUAUUAUUGAAGUGUUUGUGUUUUAAAUUUUCUUUCUCUUUGCAUACCAUAAACUCAUAAAAAGUGACGGAAGAUAGAUUUUUUUUAUUUAAGUGACAAGUGUGCGUACUGCAUUAUAACGGUAAUAAUUUUGUACGUGAAAUUUGUUCUGAACACAGAAGAAUAGUUUUAAUAUGUAUUCAUAAUACUGCAUAUGUAACAAAGAUGGCAAACUAAAUCUUUUGUGAGUAGCGAGUCAUAACUGAGCCUAGUUUUGCUGCACAGAUGGUUGAAGUAAAUCAGUUUAUAAAUCAAAAUCAAAUUGUCUUUAUUACAGUUGUCGAAUCAGUUUGAUUUUGAAGUUUAAUUCUUGGUUGACCCAUAAUUUUAAUUUUUUGAUUGUGCAGUUUAUUACCGUCUUGUUCAGGUAGCUGGCCUUAAAUGUUGCAUAAGAUGGCAAAUGUAUACAUCAAUAUUUAAUCUUCACGAUGGAAUUUAUCCAGUUUAUGGAGUCACAUUCUCAUCUGUCUAAGAAAGCUUGUGUAGAAUGUGUUGGCUCCUGAAGGUAUCUUACUGAGAAAUACAUUCACAUUGUUAAAUAGUUAUCUUUUUCCCAUUUAAGGGUUAUUCCUUAAAGCUGUUGGAUACUUUGGAAGUUUGUACAUUAAGAGCAACAGAUACUUAUUUUGAACACUUGCAACCAGACCACAAAGCAUUGUAUUGUUACAGAACAUGAGUUACCUGUAUAAUCUAAUGCACAAGCCAGCUUGAUAGUUAUUGGCAAGCUCGUAUAUGGCGUACAUUGAUGUUAUCAGGGAUAUUUCCUUGUAAAAUAUAUAUGUUUCUGUUCUUAAUAAUUAUUUGAAACAUUUCAGUAAUUGUUUAAAAUUUUUAUUUAGAUGUCUUGAUUUAAUCAACAUAUUAAGAGAAAAGAUGGAGGCUGGCAAAUCAGAUUUUGCCAAUGAUGAAAUUAAUUUCAGAUUGAAAUAUAAAUCCUUUAUCUAAUAGUAAUACAGUAGAAUUUUAUGUUAAAUUGUACCUCACAAUACAUUCAUACUGAGGCUCUGUAUUAAAAGUGUGACAUGUUCAUAAUGAAUUUUAAUUUGGUAAGGUGGUCUUGAUAUAAAUUGAAAGGAUUAUGUUAGUAAUUGAUUUGGGGAACUGGGUAAAAUGAGACCAGAACAUUGUGAUUUGAUUUAUGAACUCAAUUGUGCCUUAUGAUUUACUUAAGAAGCAAAAUUGGUAAAGCUAUAAAGCAUCUGAACAGAAAGCUAGUAAAAGGUGAAUUGCUGUUACACUUUUGACAAAGAAUUUUACGCAUAAGUAUUAAAGCAGAUGCCAUAUUUGAAUUUCAAAAAUUUUAACGAAGAUUGUCACAUAUCUGGUGAUAAGGAUGCUUUCAUUAUACUGUCAUUUGUGUGCCCUGUUCUGACCAUAUUAUCUGCUGGAUUCCACUGCAUACAAGGAAUGGUAAUUUUAAAAAAAAAUUAAGUAAUUGAAAAUAACAAUUUGAGACUUCUCUUACAACUUACUCUUCUUAUAAAUGAAAAUAUGUGUUAAAUACUAAGAAAAGUACUGUUUUUAAAUCAGUAUGAUUAAUUAGGAGACUAAUAUGUGCUCCAUUGUAAUGCGAUACUAAAGAACAUGUUCCAUUACAGUGUCAACUGUAAGAGUUUAGCAGUAAGUCCUGUGGACCAUGUUAAGGCAUUGCCUCAAUGUAAGACUUAUUAAAAUAAGGACUGCUUGCCACGUGACGUCAAAUCUUUCUCAGUCUGUAUUAAGUGACAUAAGAUGCCUUAGGUUCAGUAUAACUCAUUAAAAAUAUGAUGUAGAAGAUUCCUUUGGUUUUAUAUUUUAAAUACAUAAAAACUGCCAAUUCAUUGUUCAAGUUUAUUAUAAAGUAUGUUUAAUAUAUGAAGGUGAUAUUUGGUGUUUUAAUUCUAUACAUGGAUUUGUAUUAACAGUUUCAAAUCUUUUUGGAUUGGUAUAUUCUACAGUAUUAAUCUUAUGGUGACACAGUAACAAAGGUGCGUUGAUGUAAAAAGUUACAUUACUUGAAUCAUACUGGUAGAGGUCUGCAUAGGCUGGAAUUUUAAAAUGUUCAUAGUCCAAGCCCAGGGAUUACUUUUGGUAUGUUACUCAUACAUAUUGAAACUCACUUUAUUCCACACUAACUCAUUUCAGAUCAAGAGUAUCAGCUAUUGGAUCUGGGAAUCUGCUGUGACAAAAUGCAUUAUUUCCUUUACACAUCAAAUAUAGGUCUUUGAUAAAAUAGGCUGUCAAAAGCAAAAUAUGGUGACCUCAUUAAAUAUUACUUGAACAAACCAAACAACAAAGAUUCUUAUUUCAAUCAGUAGACUACUUAACAUUGAACACCAACAUGAUACGGUAAGUUGUCCUUUAAAAAAUUGUAUUUAAUCAAAGAAACAUUGUCAGCCUGAGGAAAUCUGAAAUUAGAUGACAUCUCACUCAAGUCUGGGCCCAUGCAGACUCCUACAUGUGGGUAUACCAGAGGUACAGAAGAACCUUGUUGCUGUUGCGAUUCAAGAGCAACCUGACUUUUGAGGAAGGAAUGUACCAAAAUGUAGUAAGAUUCAAGUUUCUCAUGGUGGCGAGUAUGAAGAUGGCUGUCUUCUGGGUUGUCACACAAUGUAGUCCAGUAGAAAUAUACCAAUGUUUUGUAGGUCCUUGGUGCUGAUAAACUACCAGACUACAGAAUACAGCCAUCCUUGUACCAAAAUGUUUUUAUGACAUGAAAUAUAUAAUUUGAAGUUGCUUGUUUCUAGACAUUGUUGAUAUGUUUGUAUGUUUUCUGUAAGCAGCUUUCUGUGGCUCCAAUGGCAAUAGGUAAUGAACUCAGUAUUUUGGCUGUGGCAAUUAGGAUGGUAAUUAAAUUAUUUUUGUAUGUAGUUUUUAAAUAGCUGUUUGACAGUGUUAUUGCAUAUUUUAAAUAUAGUACUGCAUAUGCAAGUAAUAAUAAUCAUGGUCAGUAUUUCCCCUGAACCAGAUCAUAGUAUGGAUAAUUGGCGCAUGUGACUUAAGUGUGCCAAAAGGUAAUAAUAAUUUGAUGAGGACAUGUCUUUCUUACUUCAAAUUUUGCAGUGAAAUAAUUCAAUUUUUUAUAUAUAUACACAUGUGUGUUAGAUCAUAGGCCAAAGUUGUCAUUACACAAGAAUCAUUGCAAGUCAAAUGUUUUAUGUGUCAUCCCAACUAGUAUUGGCGUAACUGAAUUCUGUUGAACAUGUCUUAAAAUGUGUAUUUUUAUCCAUCAUUACACAUCUACAUUACAUGGUAUGAUUAUAUAGUUUCAUGAACAGUGUAUUUCUGCAAUUGGGAUGAAAUCCAUUUACAGUAAUUUUCUCUGGCAUUGACAUGGACUUGUGCAAUAAGUAUUUUGGUAAGUUUAUUCUAAAAAAUGUGAAAUCAGAAGUAGGUAAAUUUUUGAGAACAUUCCAAAAUAUCUUAACUUAAUGGAUUUGUAGUUUAUUCCAUGAAGUGAAUUUUCCAACUGAUAAAGACCCAUUACUUGUUUUGGAAAUUGCUCAUCAGCAAAAAAGACAUUUUUCACCCAAAAAUGAGUACCUUGAUCUUUGUGCCUGGUGCAUGAAUUGUAGAACACUGUACAUUAAGAAGUCAGAUUAAGUUCAUUUAAUAACUUGAUCUCUAAAUGGUUUGUGAUUCAGAUUUUAUGUACUUAAGUGUCUAAACAUAUUGUCAAAAUAAAUACUAUGUUAAUUGAAGGCAGAAUUUUAAA